UGAAAGUUGAAACUCGAUAGCAUUUGAAAUUAAAUACUCUUAAUUAACUAGUCUUUGAACAAUAGGAUCUUGAAUAUAUGUAUUUCUGCUGUAAAAAAUUGUAUGGAUAUCUGGAGAUCUCAAGAACAGACUUCAAGAAUGUCCUCUUGCAACAAUAAAGUAACAAAAAGGCGAGUAGUUCUUCUCUUUCUGGCGUCUCUCUCCGUCUACAUCUACCUCUGCAUCAACAAUUUUGAUGGCAUCAAGUCGUCUGCUGUGUAUAAAGUCGUUGAUGUGAAACUUCAGAGCCUGAAGAUGGAGUUCUUCCCCUGGAGAGGAAUAAAGCAAGAACAGACCACACCAUUGCCUACAACUAUCAGGGUUGUUAAAAUUCAUAGCAACUCGGAUAAAGAACAAUUACAAAAGUAUAGAACAAGGAUUUUGAAAAAAGAGAGUGUACCAUUAUUGACGUUAUUCACCACGUGGAAUUAUAAUCUCGAAAAAGAUCUAGUCCAUAAUAUAACAGUGUACAAUUGGAUGUCCCUUAACCCUUUCGUGAUACCGGUGGUAUUUACUAAUGACAGUGACGUUGCUGCAGAUUGUUCUAGAAAAGGAUGGAAGGUCUUGCCCGUCUUGAUCACUGCUGCUGAAGGUGUUCCAGUUCUGAAAUACAUGUACAGAGAUGUGAUGGAGAAAUACAACACCACCUUAUAUGCCUAUAGCAAUGCAGACAUCCUCUUCACCGACUCUCUUCCAGACAGCCUUGUCCAGAUCAUCACAAAUACAUCUCUGGACCUCACUCAGCCUGCACUAAUGGUUGGGAAAAGAACCAACGUUGAAAAUGUUACAUCAGAUGAAGGAAGUGCUUGGUAUAAUAUAACAAAGAUUGCAAAAGAUAGGGGCACAUUGUUUAAUGGUUGGGCAGAAGACUAUUUUAUUACGACUAGAUCGUUCCCAUGGCAUGACAUCGCCGAGGUUGUUAUUGGAAGGAGAGCUUAUGAUAACUGGUUAGUUUUUUAUUCCCGAAAAAUGAAAUAUUCUGUGAUAGAUAUUACAAGGACAGUGUUAGCUGUUCAUCAAACGACAAAAGCAGGGAAUUCCGAAGGUCAUAGUCAUAAAAACAAAGAUUACAAUCAUAAUUUGUUAGUAAAAAUGUACAAAAUUAUAAGGUAUCACCUUGGUGUUAUCGAGUGUAUAGAGAAGUAUACACAAUAUGAAUAUGGAAUUGUUAGUAUUAAAAAUCGUAAUUACCAGAAAGGUUGUGAGGCCGGUUGAAGAAAAGCGCAGCAGACACAUCGAUCUAAAUAUAAAUAUAAAAGAAGCUUCUAAUACGAACAUUAAAAUUUGUAAUCGCCAUGUGAUAUUUACGAGUAUAUAUGAGUAUUAUAGUAAAAUACAAACGAGUGAAGCAUGUGUAACAGCAUACAUCAGUAAACAUGAGUUAAUGUGUGUAAUUGAUCUACAUGCAUGGCUGCAUUUGUGUUGCAGAUGAACAACAUGCCUUGUUUGUAUACUUGUUUGUUAUUCAGCUGAAAUAUGUAACGAUGAUUGUUUAUUUAUAUGAAUCUACCAAUGUUGAGAGUUUUGCCAGGGGGUCGCCAUUGAAUAAAAGCCAUUUCACUAUUGUGCUAAACGAAAUUCCUAUAAUCAAAUAUUAAUAAAUGAUUGGCAAACUAUCGACUGUUCGCCAAGUAUACAGAUUCUGUGAUACGUAGUAUUCGACUCAGAUUAAUAAUUAUUAUAAACAAAGACGGCCUUUUUUAAGUUGAACAAUAGAUUCUCCUUACAUUGUAAAAUUCGGGUCAAAGCUUGUAUGUACUGUUUUAUUAAUCUUUAUUCUUUUUAAUACAUUGCGGAUUAAAUAAUUGCAGACAAAAAGUGAGUAUAUAACUAUGAUAGGGUCUGAUAUAAUGUCUGAAAAAUUCCCGAGGUCAACACGAUGCUUUUUUUAAAAGAAAUAUAUUGAAAAUACCAAUGUAAUUCUAAACUGGUUAACUGACUUACUAUAUGCUAACGAGGCAGAUAAGUGGGCGGAGCAUAGCAUCAAUGUUGUUUACAGUAGUAGAAAUCGCAGAUAGAUACUCCUUGAAUGCAUUUUUUGUGUAUGACAAACAAGUGGGACAAAUCAUUAGGAGUAUUAAACUAAGAUACUAAAUGCUGGAACUCAUCAGCAAAUCUUGAUAUUUGCUCAAAUAACAGGGACGGUCCAGGACUCAACGUUAGAGAGGGGCGUAACUUAGGGGCGUCAACGUUUGACUUGCGCCCCUCCCUCAGAAUAGAAAUUUAUUCCGUUUAAAGUGUUGGGAGGGAGUUUGGGGCUACUCCCUCAUUUUCUUUUAAUGAUUUCUAUUCCGAAAUGGUGCAUUUUGAACGAGUUAUAUCUCCUUUUCGCCUAUAUUCGCGCACCCAACCCCCUCACCCUUGAUCCGCUAGUUAAGAUCGUUUUUUGAAGACCUCACUUUCCAUAUUAAUUAGCGUCAACAGCUUUGUUGCGCGAUAAUUUGAUUGAAAUUAUCACGUUAUUUUAUGAUUGUAUGGUCAAUAUUUAAAAUCGU